AUUAGCUCUAUGGCAGGGAGGUCUAAAUGGCGCAUGAGAAAGGUUCAGCUAUACAGGCCUGGCGCGGGAUAGGUGGUGCGCGGCUGUGGAGGCUGGAGGGUUUGUUCGUUCAGCUGUGGCUGCAUUUUUAAUUUUGGCACUUGAACAAUGGCCUUGGUCGGGAUAUAUUUAUCAUCUGAACUGGCAAAGGAGAUGGCUCCCAUGGAAUCUAAUAUAUAUUUCACUUCCAAUAGCCCCCUUGCGUUGAGACGCCAAUAGCCGGUAGACACGAUGCACGGCGACUUUAGAUACUGGACUGCCGGAGGAGAUCUCCCGCAAGGCUCCGGCAGAUCGUAAAGUUUAAACAGCUUCAUUGAGCACGUCUCCGUAUAUAUACUUAGAUUAGAGAAUGUCCCAUUUGAUGAUGUGAGGGCUAGAAAGCUGCUGAAAAUGGUGGCGAUGAUUUCCCCGCAAUGCCCGGAAGCGUAUCCGACGAGUUCCCCGCACUGGCAGUAAAACUCGGCAUCUAACACUGGGGGUCAACUCCGAAGAGCACUGCCAUAGUGUUGUUCCAAUAUGCUACACCUGUACCUAGCCGAAGCUGUGGGACGAAAGUAUAUGGGCGGAUUUCGGCAAAUGUAAGUCUCAAGCUCGGCAUCGGAUAGCACACUCAAGUAUGUUCUGGAUAUAAAGAUGUAUAUCUGCUCUUCAGCCAAGCCACGCGCGGAAGGUUAUUAAGCACCUUUGAACUGUUAUCCUUAUAUCCCCUUCUCCUGCUAUACCGGAAAUAUGACUCAGCACGUCGACGUCCUGAUCUGUGGUAGCGGCUCCGCUGGGCUCUGCGCCGCAGCAUGGCUGGCCCGAUGUGGUCUUCGGUGCAAAGUCCUCGAAUCACAGCCUGGGCCAUUGAAAAUAGGGAAAGCCGACGGCGUACAAUGUCGCACAGUGGAAGUCUUUGAGAGUUUUGGUAUCGCCGAAGAGAUGCUUCGGGAAGCCUACCAUGUGUUAGAAGUUAAUUUCUGGGGGUCUAACGCAGAGGGAAAUCUGGUUUGGACUGGCAGGACGGCAGAUACAGCGCCAGGAUUAUCUCACCAACCACACUUAAUCUUGAAUCAGGCGCGGGUUAAUGGUUUGUUGCUUGAGGUGAUGGAAAGGUUUAAUGAGCAGCGCGUGGAUUAUGGCUAUGAGGUCAAGAAAGUACAGGUUGAUAGUGGGGAAGCUGCUAAUCCGGAGGCUUACCCUGUGACUGUCGUCACCGUAAAAGAGGGAGUAGAGGAAAUUUUCAAGGCAAAGUAUGCCCUAGCUUGUGAUGGUGCACAUAGCGCUGUGCGCAGAUCUCUUGGUUAUAAGAUGGUUGGCGACAGCAGUGAUGUUGUGUGGGGCGUAAUGGACGUGUUUCCACGAACAAACUUCCCUGACAUCCGCAAAAAAGCAACUCUCCAGUCUAACUCUGGAAGUCUCUUGAUAAUCCCGCGCGAAGGUGGCUCCAUGGUACGCUUCUAUAUUGAGCUGCCAUCCGGGACAGCAGCCAAGGACGUCCAACUCUCCGACCUGCACUCUACCGCAUCGCGAAUUUUCCAUCCCUAUCAGAUUGAAAUCGCAGAAACUUUCUGGUGGUCAGCCUACGCCAUUGGUCAGCGCCAGGCAGAUUUCUUCUCCAAGGACAACCGCGUCUUCCUCACUGGCGACGCCUGCCAUACGCAUUCACCAAAAGCGGGGCAGGGUAUGAACACGAGUCUACAAGAUGGAUACAACAUCGGCUGGAAGCUCGCGCAGGUCUUGAAAGGCCAAUCACCGCCAGCUCUUCUUGAGACGUACGUCCAGGAGCGUCAGCAAGUGGCAUCUGACCUGAUUAACUUCGACCGUGCAUUCGUAAAGGCUUUUAGCUCAAAGGCGGCGAAGGAAGAUGGCUCAACCGAAUUUAAAGAGCAUUUUAUUAAGGCCGGACAGUAUACAGCGGGCUUGACGGCAAAAUACGGAGACUCGAAGAUCACGAAUGCAAAGGACAGCAUGCAGAGUCUGGCAACUAAUCUCAUAGUAGGGAUGCGCUUCCCGAGCGCGCAGGUGGUGAGGUUCUGCGAUGCAAAAGCGAUGCAGCUUGUGAAAGCUUUGCCGUCAGAUGGGCGCUGGCGGAUUGUCAUCUUCGCAGGGGACAUUAAUGAGCCUUCUAGUGCAACUAGACUUGAAGAGUUGGGGGCCUAUCUUUAUUCCUCCGGUGGUCCUGUUAAGUCUCACACGCCUGCGUCUGCAGAUAUCGACUCUUUCAUUGAGCCGAUCGUCGUUCUCUCGGGCAAGCGCAUCAAUACCGUGCAGGAGCAGAUCCCGGAUUGCUUCUGGCCUAUUACUGGGAAGUGGAAAAUGCGAGAUUUACAUAAAGUAUAUUUCGAUGAUGAGAGCUAUAAUUCAGGGCAUGGAAAGGCAUAUGAGUUCUAUGGUAUUGAGCCAAGCAAGGGCACGGUGGCAAUUGUGAGGCCAGAUCAUUAUAUUUCAAUGGUCACUAUGAUUGAGAAUCACGAGUCUAUUGGAGACUUCUUUAAGGGAUUCGCUCUCCAAGCGUCGUGAUGCAGUUCUGAAGUUUGAUUUCCUCAAACCAUGAAGGAAUAAAAGGGGCGUCCUUAAAGUUGCGCAAACGGCUUUUAAUCGACGUUUGUCGCAGAUAGGGCAGUGCAUUCCAAAGAACAAUUUGUUGGUAGUUCAUAAGAAAGGAAACUAAAACUAUGGAUGCUACUGUACUUUAAAUUAUACCUGUGUUGCAGAUGGUUCUGGUUUUUAUAUUUUUAUAUAUUAAAUAAAUUAGACUCUUGCAAACUUUAGCAAAGUUAAUUUAAGUAUGAAAACUUUACGACUUUAGAUAUCAUUAUAUAAAUUAAGCAC